AGUGUACCAAAGUUAUAUGAAGAAAAGCUAUUGACGGAAGAAUCAAUUCUUUCAGAUAAUGAUAUUUCAGAAUUUAGAAAGAAUUAUUUUAAUACUUUGGAUGAAUAUUAUAAAAAGAGUGAUACAUAUAAGCCAGAGGCAGAUAUGUUAAAAAAGAAAUGGGAUGGAUUUAUAAUGCCAACUGAAACUGUUACUAAAAUGGAUACAGGUAUUUCAAGAGAAACUUUAGAAAAUAUUGGAAAGACAUCUGUUAAUAUACCUCAUGAGAUUUCAGUUCAUUCGAAAUUAAAAAAAUUUCAUAUACAGUCAAGAUUGCAGAAAAUUACUGAAGGAAAGAAUAUUGACUGGGCUACUGCAGAGGCAUUAGCACUUGGAUCAUUAAUGAUAGAGGGGCAUAAUGUAAGAUUAUGUGGUCAAGAUGUUGGUCGAGGAACUUUUAGUCAACGUCAUGCAAUGAUUGUAUGUCAGAAUACAGAAAAAGUUGUUGUACCUUUGAAUAAUUUGGCACCUAAUCAAGGAAUGCUUGAGGCAUGUUUUAAAUCAAUACUCAUUGUGAAUAGUCCCCUAAGUGAACUAGCUGUUGUAGGAUUUGAGUACGGAAUGUCAUGUGAAUCUCCACACAAUCUUGUUAUCUGGGAAGCUCAAUUUGGGGACUUUUUUAAUGGAGCUCAAGUUGUUAUUGAUACUUAUGUUUCUAGUGGUGAAGUAAAGUGGUUAAGACAAUCUGGGCUUGUGAUGCUUUUGCCACAUGGUUACGAUGGUGCAGGACCUGAGCAUUCUAGUUAUGAGAGUAUACCAAACAAUCCAAAUAUGCAUAUUGUGAACCCGACAACUCCUGCACAAUAUUUUCAUGUUUUAAGAAGACAGAUGAAAAGAAAUUUUAGAAAACCAUUAAUAAUAGCUACACCAAAAAUAUUACUAAAAUCACCCAAUGCAGUAUCCGAUUUUGAAGAUAUGUUGCAUGAGAAUACGUUUUUGCCUAUUAUUGAAGAUAAAUCCGUUAAUGAUGAUAAUGUUGAAAAAAUUAUAUUCGUAUCGGGAAAACUUUAUUAUGAUUUAGUCAAAGUGAGGCAGAGUAAAAAACUUGAAGAUAAAAUUGCUAUUAUUAGAUUUGAGGAGUUGUGCCCAUUUCCAAAAUCUGACGUUGAAAAAGAAUUGAAAAAGUAUACAAACGCUAAAGAGUUUAUUUGGUGUCAAGAAGAACCACAAAAUAAUGGCGCCUAUACAUUUAUUGAGCCAAGAUUAAAGCAGCUAUUACCAUCUGAACAAAAGUUAAAAUAUAUUGGGAGACCACCAAGUGCUGCACCAGCAGUUGGUGUUUCGCAAUGGCACAAAACGGAGAUUGAAAAUAUUUUAAAAAAUGUAUUUUAG